UAUCCAUAAUAACAAUAUAAAUCAGAUGAGGCAGGUGAUUAGGCAAUAUAAUUAUGAAUAAAUUCAUUCAAAAAACACAAAAAUGAGGUUAGUAUAGCAGCCGAAGCCAGCACACAUUAAGCAAAGAAUCCUCAACAAACAAUUAUAUUAUCUCACCACAACAUUACACUGUAAUAGAGAACUCAUUUAUUUAUUAAAUUAAAUAAAUAAAUAAAAAGAUAAUGUUAAUCUAAAUUUGUCAUUUUAUGAUUAGACUCACUCUAAUAUCUGCAAAACCCCUGUAGCACGGAAAGACAUACUCAGAGAGUCGCUACUAUAUAUAAAUUCCAACCCUCCCAAAAUUACAACUUUCUCAACUUUAAAAAAUAAAUUUAAAAAACCCAAAACCCAACGGAAAAAAACUCCGGCGUUAUUUUCCGUCGGAAAAAUUGAAAGAAGAGAGAGAAACAACGAAAAUGGUGUUACAGAGGAAUAUUGGUAACAAUAAUAAUAACAAACAUCAAUUUCAACAACCAUUGCUCUGCUUUCUCUCGUUAAUCCGUCAUUCUCUCUCUUCUUCUUCGCCGAAGAAAUCUGGCAUCUCCGCCGCCGCCGCCGGUGGUAGUGUCUUCAUCAUUCGCCGGAAUAGUUACCGUUAUCGUUAUCAUCAUCAUCGUCAUCGCCGGAUUUUUUUGCCUGUUUUGUUUGGUUUGCUCUUUGUUUUUGUUGUCUCUUUCUCUCUCCUCUCUCUUCCUUUUUCCGACCGCCGCCAUAACCACCACCACCUUGAUGAUGAUUUGAUUGAUGACUAUACGAAGAGUGGCGUUGUAAGUCUACGACGUGAUCUUUGGAGCACGAAUUCGUCGGGAUUGUACUAUGGUUGCAGCAAUGUCAGCAAUAAAUUUCUCUCGGCGGAUGAGAAGACUGAACCUGAUAGAUACUUGUUAAUUUCGACAAGCGGAGGAUUAAAUCAACAAAGAACAGGGAUUACAGAUGCCGUUGUUGCUGCCUAUAUCUUAAAUGCCACACUUAUCGUUCCCAAUCUGGACCAGAAAUCUUACUGGAAGGAUGCAAGUGAUUUUGGCGACAUAUUUGAUGUUGAUUGGUUUAUAUCAUUUCUUUCGAAUGAUGUCAAAAUUCUAAAGCAGCUUCCAAUGGUCGGAGGAAAGGUUCUUACUCCAGUCCGCACUCGAGUUCCUAGGAAGUCCAGUCCUAAAUACUACCUGAAUCGAAUCUUACCCCUUCUCAAAAAGAAGCAUGCUGUACAGCUGACAAAAUUUGAUUACAGGCUAUCAAAUGUCCUGGAGACAGAUUUACAAAAGCUAAGAUGUAGGGUUAAUUACCAUGCUUUAAAGUUCACUGAUCCCAUUGUUGAGAUGGGAAGAAAGCUAGUUGAAAGAAUGAGGAUGAGAAGUGAACAUUUUAUUGCCCUGCACUUGAGGUUUGAGCCUGACAUGCUUGCAUUCUCGGGUUGUGAUUAUGGUGGUGGAGAGAAAGAAAAGGCAGAACUUGGUGCGAUACGAAAACGGUGGAAAACAUUACAUAAAAGUAACCCUGACAAGCAGAGAAGGCAGGGAAAAUGCCCACUCACUCCAGAGGAAGUUGGUCUCAUGCUGAGAGCACUUGGCUACAACAGUGAUGUACAUAUAUACGUGGCAUCUGGAGAGGUCUAUGGUGGAGAAGAUACUUUGGCACCUCUUAGGGCGCUCUUCCCUAAUUUCCAUUCUAAAGACACUCUAGCCAGUCAGGAGGAGCUGGCACCAUUUGCACCAUAUUCUGCUCGGAUGGCUGCUUUAGAUUUCAUCGUUUCUGAUGAGAGUGAUGUAUUUGUUACCAAUAACAAUGGUAACAUGGCCAGGAUUUUAGCAGGAAGAAGGAGAUACUAUGGUCACAAGCCUACUAUACGCCCAAAUGCUAAAAAGAUAUCCCGUCUGUUCUUGAACCUGAACAAUAUGACGUGGGAAGGGUUUGCUUUGGGAAUUAGAACUCAUCAGGUCGGCUUUAUGGGUGAACCAAAAGAGGUAAAACCAGGAAAAGGCGAGUUCCAUGAAAAUCCUUCGUCUUGCAUUUGUGAAAGCUCCUUGCCCAACAUUCCAGUCUAUGAUCUUCAGGAUAAUCCAGCCACCAUGUAUCAGAAAGGGAAAGAAUAUAGCACAGGAGGUUUCGAUACAGGUGAAAUAAAUGAUUACCAGAAUAUUGAGGAUGAACAAGAAUUGGCUGAUCAAGAAGAUUUAGAUAAUGAAAAUAACCUCCCAGAAAGAGAACUGCCUCGCGGCAUUAAUAGGGAUCCAAAUACUAUCCUGACAUCGGAUCAACCAGAACUAGAGGAGUUCCUUUCAGAUUAAAUGGCUCAGAAAAAUUACCUUUCUUAGCAGCUUCUCUGUUCUUCACCUGGUCCUAUCGUAACUGAAUUUGUCUUGCAUUGAUUUGAGCAGCAGACAGCAGCGACGUGUGAAUACAACUUGUACAGAAUGGCCUUUCCUGGCUAGCACAGAAGAAAGUUCCAGUUUCGACUUCCCGGUUUCUGUAAAUGACAAAGUGUUUGAGCCUCAAGAUAAGCUUGUACAUUAGAGGCAACUGAAUAUACAAAGUGAAAAUUUUCUCAGGGCAGUUUUUUUUUUUUACCAAUUUUUUGCUUUUAGUUCUGGUCUAGUGUUAAAAGGGGUUAUACUUUUCUCAAGGUAGCAUUUGAUACAGGAUAGACUAGCAAAGAGAAAUUAUAGGACUUACACAGAAUUUUAUUAUUUUGGAAAACAUACAUGUAAAUCAGUACAUGUUUAUAAUCUUUAUAUACAAAAAUAUAUCGGUGUGAAAAUUACUCCGUACUA